AUGAUCCGUUUCCUCUUGAUUUUUGCGACCUUCAUGCUCGCAAUCCUCGGCCAGGACACCAUUGAGGCACCCGUCAUCACUGGGAACGAGGACGUCACAUAUACCGCUAGUCUCUCUAACAGCCACUCUUCUAGCAUUCACGGUGCAGUUACCGUCACACCUGGCUCUGGAGGUGUUGGCUUGUUGUUUCGCGUCUUUUUCACUGGCCUACCUGAGGAUGCUGGUCCAUUCCCAUAUCACAUUCAUGUCCUCAAAGUUCCCUCUAACGGAAGCUGCGCGGCUGCCGGUUCCCAUCUUGAUCCAUAUCAUCGUGGAGAGGACCCCCCUUGCAAUUCAGCCGAACCAGCUACCUGCCAACUCGGUGAUCUCAGUGGAAAGCACGAGCUCGCUAUUGUAGCACCUGGCGUGGAUAAUUUCUCUGCUGAAUACACCGACUUCUAUCUGUCAGACCGUCAAGAAUCCAUUGCUUAUAUCGGCAAUUUGUCGGUCGUAAUUCAUGCAUCCAAUGGAACCCGACUAAACUGUGGUAACUUUGAACUCGACGGCCACCUGACUGUUCCUUCUACCCGCCGAAGUUCUACAAGUGUUGCUUCUAAGACUGGGGCACCCUCCCCUAGUAUUUCUGCUUCCACGUCCGCAACUCCGACAAGACCUAGCGUCGUUGUUGACAGUGCUGCUAAGAAGUCGUCGACCCUGUCUCUUGAGACUUUUAUUACUGCUAUUAUGACCUUCUUUCUAUUAUAA